AUGCAACCUCUCCUUACGCCAGAGCACCGACCCUCGGUCUCCGACAGAAGGCCGCGUUUGUUAAACCCGUCUACGAUUGACGAUUCUAUCCUGAUUCAUGGAGAUAAAGAUAUGCUAGUAGAACAUCAUUUAGCCGAUUCAUCCCAGCAUCAAGAUCAAGACGAUCCGGUGGCAGAAAGCCCUCAUCCACAAAACCAGCCCAAUCUAACCAUCCUACCUUACAUCCAGUUGACCAUUCCAACACAUACUCGGCUCGGCUCGGCUCAUCCUCACGGGAUGAACGGCCAAACUAAACAAACAACACAUGGCCUCAAUGUCGAGCCAACCCAGGUCGUCGCUAUUAUGAAGGGAAUGGGAUCCACUGUUAAGUGGCCAGGCAAGCUCAAUCCCAAGGCAAAGAGAGACAAGACCAAAUGGUGCGAGUUCCAUGGCGAUCAUGGGCACAAUACCGCAGACUGCAUCGCCUUACGGCUAGAGGUCGCUGCACUUCUAAAGAGGGGACAUCUCCGGGAUCUGCUAACCGAUAAGGGGAAGAACACCAUUAGCCAUAAGAGUUCAAAAGAACCAUCACCACCUCCGCGAGAACCUACACCAAAAGGUUUCUAUUCGCUCAUCUCCGGAGGAUCAGAGAUCAAUGGAGUAAGUUACUCAUCGGCCAAGCGAUACGCCAGAGCCAACCACCACCAUGAAGUCCAGUCCAUACAUCCGAUCUCGCGGUCACACACUCAUCAGGUAAUUCAGUUUGAAGAUGAAGAGUCGGUCGCCUUGGCCGCUCCUCAUCACGAUGCCCUAGUCAUCUCCCUACAGGUCGCCAACAUCCUAGUAAAAAGAGUAUUCGUAGAUGGAGGCUCUUCAGCAAACAUCCUAUUUCUCGAAAUAGUGAAGGCUAUGGGAUUGGAAGAGGCAAACAUCAACAAGCGGCAGACGCUGCUAGUUGGUUUCAGCUCUAAGCAGAAGUAUACUAUCGGGGAGAUCAUCCUCCCUAUCUACGCCGGCGGAGUUAACAAACAGACCAUUUUUCUGGUAAUCGACUACCCCUCGCCAUACAACAUCAUCUUGGGCCGACCUUGGAUCCACGACAUACGGGCAGUCACAUCUACCUUCCACCAAACGAUCAGAUUUCCUACCAAGUGGGGGGUACGAGAGAUCAAGGGUGACCCCAAAACUUCUAGGGAUUGCUACAAGACCGCCUUCAAAUGCAAGGGUAACUCUUCAUAG